GGCCCAAUAGAAGCCACACUCUGAAUUCACUAUCCAAAACAUAAGGAGACUCUCACCCAAUGGCAACUAAUACUCUAAUUUCAGCAUCCUCCCCUUCACCCACUAUGGCUUCUUCUCUCACCGGCGCCGCCUCUCGUUUCCUCCCCUCCGCCACCAUCGCCGCCACCUCCUCCUCCGCCACCACCAGGCUUUCCCUCUCUUCUUCUUCUCCUUCCCUCAAAUGCCUCCAAUCCUCCCCUCUCCUUUCUCACAUCUUCCGCUACCAGAAGCGAUCCUUGGUCGGAACAUCAUCUAGUGGAAGAUUCAGCACGUUAGCCUCGCCGAAAUGCGCCGCGUCUGAUCCUGAUCAGUUGAAAAGUGCGAGAGAGGACAUCAAAGAGCUGUUGAAAAGCACGUUUUGUCAUCCUAUUUUGGUUCGAUUGGGCUGGCAUGAUGCUGGAACUUAUAACAAGAAUAUAGAGGAGUGGCCACAACGAGGUGGAGCUAAUGGAAGCUUAAGAUUUGAAGUUGAACUAAAACAUGGAGCAAAUGCUGGACUUGUAAAUGCACUGAAACUUCUCCAGCCAAUCAAAGACAAGUAUGCUAAUGUGACAUAUGCUGACUUAUUUCAGUUGGCCAGUGCAACUGCCAUUGAGGAGGCUGGAGGACCAAAACUUCCCAUGAAAUAUGGGAGAGUAGACGUUUCUGCGCCCGAGGAAUGCCCAGAAGAGGGAAGGCUUCCUGAUGCUGGUCCUCCUUCCCCUGCUUCUCAUUUACGAGAUGUUUUCUACAGAAUGGGGCUAAACGAUAAGGAAAUUGUUGCACUUUCUGGGGCACACACUUUGGGGAGAUCCAGACCAGAGCGUAGUGGUUGGGGCAAGCCAGAAACAAAAUACACGAAAGAUGGUCCAGGAAACCCUGGAGGACAAUCGUGGACUGUGCAGUGGUUGAAGUUUGACAAUUCCUACUUUAAGGACAUUAAAGAGAGAAGAGACGAAGAUCUGCUAGUUUUGCCAACAGACGCGGCUCUUUUUGAAGAUUCUUCAUUUAAGGAAUAUGCAGAGAAGUAUGCCGUAAAUCAAGAUGUAUUUUUCAAAGAUUAUGCGGAAGCCCAUGCUAAACUGAGCAACCUUGGAGCCAAAUUUGAUCCUCCUGAGGGUUUCUCAAUAGACAAUACUCCUACACAAGGUCAGCCAGAGAAGUUUGUGGCAGCAAAAUACUCAACCGGAAAGAGAGAGCUCUCGGAUGCUAUGAAACAAAAGAUUCGAGCAGAAUAUGAAGGUUUUGGGGGGAGCGCAGAUAAGCCUCUCCCAACAAACUAUUUUCUCAAUAUCAUGAUUGUGAUUGGUGUUUUGGCAAUUGUGACAUCUUUGCUUGGAAACUGAGAUGGCUUUGGUUUGAUCUUGUAGAUAUUUUGAGUACUUUGUAUCGGCAUUAUUGAGAAUGAAAAUUUUGACAGUCAUAUAUGCAAAAUUUGAAAUUUUCACUGCUA